AAUAUCUUUCCGGCAACGAGCCUCCAUUGCUGCAGUACGCACACACAUUAAGCACGCACACACUGUGGGCCUUCAAAAACGUCACCAACAAAAAAAAAAAAAAAAAAAAAAAAAAAGACAGAAGCAGAAGAAGAAAAAGAAGAAGAAGGAAAAACUAGCCCGCAGAAUUAAAGGCAGCCUUGUGUGUGCACUGACAGAGACGCCAACCUGAAUGUAUUGAACGCACACUGACAUCGUGACAACACCAGCUCAGUGUGUGGACCUGUGCAAGUCGCUCUCCUGAUUGUGUAAUAUUUUUUUUUUUUCCUGCUUCUUCCUGCAAGAUCUGCAGCCGAGAGCGCAAGAAGAAGCAGCAGCAGCAGCGGCAGAAGGAGAAGAAGAAGAAGAAGAAGAAGAAGAAGAAGAAGAGGAGGAGGAGGGGAAAACAAGGGGGGGAUUGCAACAUUCAUCAGAUUUAUUUUUUUCUUCCAAUUACAUGGCGCAAGGGCUAUACAAACGGGACCGUCCAAGGUGCGAUACUGCCACGGUGCGUUUGGAUAUUCAAGCGGCGGCGUCCUCCUCCUCCACCCGCGGAAGAAACGUCCUCGACUGCGGCGGCGCCCACACCGACUCCUCGUCCUCCCUCCGCCGGCUCCAUGUCGAGUGAUGGUCGGCGUGCCUUGCUGGAUGCUCCCCGCUCUCUCCGGAUCGUCGACGACCGAACCUCCUCUGACCGCAGACCCCCAUUUUCGGCGGAAACCCUCCCAGAGCUAUAGGGCUACAUAUGGAAACUGGGGAUCAAAAUUUUAGGAAAAAGGCAAAUCUACGCGGUUGAUUUUUUCUUUCUUUUUUUUAAAAAAAGCUUUUUAUCGGUUUCUAGCUCGUUGUUUAGUUCUCCAAUGCUAACUAAAUGAAUUUAUGUGUUUGAUUUCAUCAUUCCAACGUGUGUAGGGUUGAUUUGCUCUUAUAUUUUCCUCUAAACCUCCACAUUAGGGUCGACAUAAACAACCCCCGAGAGUUGCUUUUAUUUCCUCUCGAGAGACUCAAAUUCGUCCAUUUUUAAAAAAAAAACCAAAAAACUCUUUUUAUUUCCAAUAAUAUGAUAGAUUCCCCCUGCUGUUUCCCUCCACUGUUUGUUAUCUCCUCGCUGUUUUCUAUCUCGGCAGACAAAACACAUUAGAAUAAUAUAUUCGCCUUUAGGAAAGCUUUUUUUUUUUUGGUAUAGUCCUAGUUAUAACUCUGAUACUUACACGUUAAACGCAAUGCUAUAACCUCUGACUAAAGUAACUGUAACUCACUGUAACAGACGUAUUGAACUGUUGUACUGUAAGCCUACCAUUACUCUGUAACACAGCACCCCCCCACCCCCCUACCCCCCUCCUCUCUCUGCCGUCUCGGUGCUCCAUUUGAGCUCAUGUUAAUGAAGUUCUGUGCUCGGCUGUAACCUUUAAAGUCAACAAACAGGUUGUCUGCUCUUUUCUUCUGCAGGCUUGUGCAGCAUAAACCUUCACUUUGGUUUAUCUCACGUCCGUUUCCAGGCGAAAGGCUUUAGGGCACAAUUAAUCCUUCCUCGCUCAGUGUUAUUAUCCACGUUUUGAGCUUCAUUUGCUGCUAUAUGUGCAGCUGAGGGCCUCUUGGGGCUCCAUCACCCUGUGCACUUUCCAGUUUCUCAUCUUUUUCUGGGGAACAAACAAUAAGAACAAACAGAGAGGGGAGACUUUACUGUCUCUUCCUCUCUUAAAAAAAAAAAAAAGCAGUCCUCAGUUUUCUCUUGUUUUGGUCCUCACCCAAACGCAACCAUAAGGUUCCUACCGCAUCCUCCGCCUCCUUCCCUCUCCUUCCGCACGAGUAUAUCCCGGUUUUUCGGUUUGGUUUGGUCCCGGAAAUUUUCAAAUAUUUACUUCCUGUACAUCAAGAGGAAAGGGGGUCCCCCUUUCAUGGAAUGCGGAAACAUGGGUCUGUUCGACCGCGGAGUCCAGAUGCUGCUGACCACGGUGGGAGCCUUCGCGGCCUUCAGCCUCAUGACCAUCGCGGUCGGCACGGACUACUGGCUGUACUCCCGCGGGGUCUGCAGGUCCAAGUCCAUGAGCGACAACGAGACCAGCAAGAAGAACGAGGAGGUGAUGACCCACUCGGGCCUGUGGAGGACGUGCUGCCUGGAAGGAAACUUCAAAGGAAUGUGCAAACAGAUAGACCAUUUUCCCGAGGACACACAUUACGAAGCGGACCCGUCUGAGUACUUCUUACGUGCGGUGCGAGCCUCCAGCAUCUUCCCCAUCCUCAGUGUCAUCCUGCUCUUCAUGGGAGGCCUGUGUAUAGCUGCCAGUGAGUUUUAUAAGUCACGUCACAACAUCAUCCUCAGCGCGGGAAUCUUCUUUGUGUCUGCAGGCCUGAGCAACAUCAUCGGGAUCAUCGUGUACAUAUCAGCCAACGCGGGGGACCCUUCAAAAAGCGACUCGAAGAAGAACAGCUACUCUUACGGCUGGUCCUUCUACUUCGGCGCCCUCUCCUUCAUCAUGGCUGAGAUGGUGGGCGUCUUGGCCGUGCACAUGUUCAUCGACCGCCAUCGACAGCUUCGAAUAGGGGCACGUGCAGCCGACUACCUCCAAGGCUCAGCCAUCACGCGAAUCCCCAGCUACCGCUACCGCUACAGGCGCCGCUCGCGCUCCUCCUCCCGCUCCACGGACCCAUCGCACUCCCGCGACACCUCGCCGGUGGGCCUGAAGGGCUUCAGUGCGCUGCCAUCCACAGAGAUCUCAAUGUACACGCUUCCCAGGGACACACUCAAGUCCUCCGGUACGCCCACCGCCACCUACAACUCUGAGAGGGACCACAACUUCCUGCAAGUCCACAACUGCAUCCAGAAGGAUCUGAAAGACUCGAGUCACACCAACACAGCAAACCGCCGCACAACGCCGGUAUGAGGGAGUCGACACAGGCCAGGCAAGCCCGGCGGAGAGCAGAGACCAGGAGACACGGGAACCCCUGUGGGUGCAGUACGCCCCAGAAGAUGGAUUUCCAUGUUUAUAGACAUUUGUUCUUUUUGUUCAGCUGCAUGACUUUUCCAUUACCAUUGCUGAGAGAGUUUCAACAGGUCUGCUGUGUUCCUGGAUUGAAUGGCAGAACAGUGAGAGCGGGUCAGGUUGUCCCGAGAGAGUGAGAUCUGUAUCUUUUUUGCGCAGGUUUGUUUAUGAGGUAUGGGGCUUUGAUAAAGGAGGGUGGGAGGGGGAUGGGCAUUUAUGAGAUACAGAAUCAAUUUCAUGAUUUCAUAGCCCUUUGGUUUGACAGUUUUGCCCAACACAUUUGGUUGGAGUAACAGGUCGAGCUCCCCCUCAGCCAGCCCACCGCUCAGAUAUACACCUCCUGUAUUUAUUGACUUAUUUGUUCAAUUUUGCAUUAAAACUGUGAAUUGUUACAGCUUGGGAUUCAGUAAGAAUUAGCCCAAUCUGUAAUCUCUAACAAAGGUACUAUAUAUAUGUAUUACUUUUAUAAAUAAAUUAUUACAUUAAUAAUCAAGAGUGACAAACUUUACCGAAGCAAAAAAGACAAAAAAACAAAGUAACUAAACCAAGUGCUGUUGCUGAGAUAAGAAAAGACUCUUUUGGUAUCUAUUUAUUUGAAGGUGGAGUACAAGAGAAGGUGCUUUAGGUUGCAGCAGUACACAGUGACUGGUGCCACUAGAGGCUGAGGCAAACAGUCAGCAGUAGAAUAAUAUUUUUUCUUUUAAUAGAACCUUCUCGACUUUUUCUUAGUCACUGUUCACUUUCUUUUUUGGGAGGGAGUCGUAACAGGAGAGUUGAACCCCUUAACAGAAAGAGCCAACUUAAAGGGUUCAAAAUGUAACUACGCAAAGACUCCGAACACGACUUCUACAAAAAGGAAGGAGCAGAGGGAAAGGAAAAGAAGAGGACGCCAAAAGCAAAAAUAAAAACAUGUUAAAUAUAAAAUAGUACAAGAGAAGCUAAGUGACUCACAAUUUCAGAAAUUAAAUGCAUGCUAUUAAAUUACAGCAAAUCUGCUCUUGAGAAACUUAAGUUUUAAAGGUUAAUUAUUAUAAGGGGAAAAAAGCAAUGAUGCUAAACUUUAAAGUAUUAAUGUUUUCAUGUGUUAUUUUCUUACAUUUUCUUUUUUAUUUAUUUAGUUCAUUUUAACUUCUUGCUUUUGUGAGACAAACCAAACCGUCUACAUUGAACAAAACUGCUUUUUUAAAAGGUUUGGUUGAUUUCUUUAAAAAAAAUAUAUAAAUAUGUGUAUGUAUGUAAUUUAUUUUUAAAACUCACACAGCCUUAGUCAUUACUUUUUUCUUUUGAUUUUUAAUGUGUUGUUCAAAUUGAAAAUGAAAUCUUAAAAGGUGCCAAAACCGAAUGAUCCUAUACUUGGAUGCAUCAAGUCCUGAUGAAUAAAAAACAAACCCUAGGGGGAACAAAUCA